AUAGUAGUCUAAGCGUUUCUGUACUGUCUGUGUAUUUAUUAUACAAUAUGAUUUACUGCUGGUAAUGUAAGUAUAACCAAAGUUUUUUGUAAGGUAAAUAGUUCCAAAGGAAGCCAAAGCAGAAUCUCUGUGCAAGAAGUAAGUUUGAAUGAAUCGUCUAAAAUAAUUAUUAACUAUUAAUUAAUUCAGUGACUCAUUAAGACAGUCACCUGUUGCCAUAACAAUCAAACUAAUUUGAUGUCUGGAACCAGUUGCUAGGAGUCUAGCUAAAGUUCAUUACUGGUAAGUGUUUACUGACCACAUCAGCUUUCAGUGAACGCCAUUUCCAACCAUGCUUAUCCACCUUGUUUUGCAACACAUAAGUAAGCUAUUUUCUUUAAAUGUGAAGAUUUAUUUAGCCGCUAUGAAACAAUAAGGAGGAAAACUAUUUGCUCUAAAAACGAGCGUGUUAUGGAGAUAAAUGAACACAAUUUUAACACAUAACAGUUUAACCAGAAUUACAGACUGUUUUGGGUACAGAUACAAUAAAUGGAAGCAAAUGAUACCGGAAAUCUCGCACAUUCAAGAAAUAUCUUUGAAAUGGCCGUGCCCGUUCUUAUCUUAAGUGGAUAGAUGAAUUAAUCACUUUGUACAAAUAAAUAAUCAGAAUCAGAACAGCUUUAUUGCCAAGUAUGCUUAUGCAUACAAGGAAUUUGUUUUGGUGUCACUGGCUUCCAGUGCACAGAGACGACAACAACAACACAGAGAAAAUAAAAUAAGUUGAGAAUAAAAAAAUACACAUACAGUAUGUAAAUAUAAAUAGACAAAAAUUGCAAUAUAAGAUUUAUGAAAAUAAAUAAAUCGUAUAUACAGUUGUGCUACAGAUGAUAGGAAUAGAAUAGAAUAGAAUAGAAUAGAAUAGAAUGAGAUGCUGGGAUGUACUGAGAUGUAGGUGGUAACAAAUAAAUAUAAGGAUAUUGCACAAUUUUUAUUGCACAAUUUUUAUGGGGUCUGGGACAAUUAACUGUUCAUAAGGUAUACUGCCCGAGGGAAGAAAUUGUUCUUAUGUCUGGCUGUCCUGGUAUUUGUUGCUCUGUAGCGCUGACCAGAUGGCAAAAGUUCGAAAAGGGGAUGACAUGGGUGUGAGGGAUCCAGAGUGAUUUUCUGAGCCCUUUUCCUCACUCUGGAAGUAUACAGUUAUUGAAGGGUGGGCAGGGGAGGACCAAUAAUCCUCUCGGUGGUCCAAACCGUUCUCUGUAAUCUUCUGGUGUCUGAUUUUGUAGCUGAGCCAAACCAGACAGUUAUUGAUGUGCAAAGAACAGAUUCAAUGACGGCUGAGUUUCAGCAGCUCCUGCGGUAGGCUGAACUUCCUCAGCUGUCGAAGGAACUACAACCUUUGUUGGGCCUUUUUUGCAAUGGAGUCGAUGUGAGAGUCCCACUUCAGGUCCCGGGAGAUGAUGGACCCUACGAACUUGAAUGUCUCAACUGCAGCCACAGUGCUGUCCAUGAUGCUGAGAAGGGGAAGUGCAGAGGGGUUUCUCCUGAAGUCUAUGAUCAUCUCCACUGUUUUGAGCGUGUUGAGCUCCAGGUUGUUAAGACUGCACCAGACAGUGUGGUGUCAUCUGCAAACUUCAGGAGCUUGACAGAGGAGUCUUUAGAGGUGCAGUCGCUGGUGUACAUGGAGAAGAGUAGUAGGGACAGAACACAUCCCUGAGGGAUGCCAGUGUUCGUGGUGCGGCUACUUGACAUUAAUGUCCCCAUUCUCACUAGCUGUUGCCUAUCUGUCAGAAAGCUUAAGAAACAAACAAAUCAGCAAUAUUUCUUGCUUCCUAAAUAACAACUGAAACAACAUGUUUUAAAAAUGUGUUUCAUUGGCCAGAUAUUGUGUCUUGACAUACAUUUACUUCAGUAGAACUGCUGAAUUCUGCAGAAAUUGAGCAAGAUGUCUGAGAUGUUGCUUAAACAUUUCCUGUUUACUUUGAAACUAUGCCAGUUAGUUAAACUCCUCAAUUACAUCCCAGUCUGAGAGAUAAAAUCCAGUCAGGAAUCUUGGGUUAGUCAUUAUUUGUGUGUGUGUCAUGGUCUGCAGUGGGAAUACUCAUGAUGAGUGUGACUACAGUGCUUGCGUUUCCUCUGACUCUGCCCCUCCGCCCACCUGUGUGGACGUCAGCCAAUAGGAACGCACGAAAAUAGCUGCGUAGUUGAGGUGCAUACACGCAUACUGUUUCUCAACAUGCUGUAAAGUUUUUAAGACUCAGUUUUCGAACAUGAUUUAAAGUCUAAAUUGGCUUCUCCAUAGUUUCUAAUCUGCUCUUAUCUUACCCGUCUUCCCUUUUUCAUUAGCAUUCUACAGAAGUGUACAGUAAAACAAGUGGCGACCACUCAGCCACAAGUUUCCUUAUUUGGUCAGUUUGUUUUUUUUCCUUCUUCUUCAUAUUUUCAGCUAAUGUCAACAUGAAAGGAAGAUACAAAUCUGAACGGGGCGCAGUUAAUGACAUCAUAUCCUCUCUUAGUAAUUUACCCUGAGCUUUAACAGUUCAGGUUGUUUCAUUAUGACAGUAGGACUAGAGACAUCACUAUCUGCUCUUUCUCCUUAACAGUUAGACAAUGGACAAAAUGGAAAAAGUUGUGAUACUGCUGAUAUUAUUGCAGAGUCUGUGUAUUGCUCACACUCAGGGUUUUAAUGUGAACACAGCAGGAGCUAAAAUCUUCUCAGGUCCUGCGGAGGACCAGUUUGGUUACACUGUACAACAGUUAAGCAAUAAUCAGGGAAAAUGGCUGCUGGUGGGUUCUCCCUGGAACAGAUACCCUCAAAAUAGAAAAGGAGAUCUCUAUAAAUGUGACAUUAGUGCUUCCAGAAGAGCUAACUGCCAGAAACUAAAUCUUGCAGACUCUGUAAGCAUAGAUGGUGUGCAGAGCAUCAACGUCAACAUGAGUCUCGGCCUGACUCUCACUCCAAUAGCUAAACCGAACACAUUUAUGACGUGUGGUCCUCUGUGGGCUCAGCAUUGUGGCAGUCAAAAUUUUUACCCAGGAGUCUGUGCUGAAGUGGACCCACAGUUUAAGCUCCAGUCGGCCUUCUCUCCUGCCAUUCAAACUUGUGGCGGGCCAAUGGAUGUUGCCAUUGUUUUGGACGGAUCAAACAGUAUAUAUCCGUGGCCUGAUGUUAGAAAAUUUCUUAUAGAGCUCUUGAAAAAUCUUGAUAUUGGACCAGAUAAAACUCGAGUCAGUAUUAUGCAGUAUUCAGAGGAUUUGUCCUUUCUUUAUCAUUUUAGCUCUGAUCAAAAUAAAGAAAAAGUUCUUUCAGAAGCUUCUGAUAUUAAGCAAAAAACUGGAAUAGAAACCAACACUUUUGCGGCACUUGACAAUGUCAGACGAACAGCUUUCCUACCAGAAAACGGUGGCCGUCCCGGUGCCACUAAGGUGUUGGUGGUAGUAACAGAUGGAGAAUCCGCUGAUGGUGAUAAAGGUCAAGAGGUCAUUGAGAGAUGCAACAGAGAUGGCAUCAUUCGCUUUGGCAUUGCUAUUCUCAAGCAAAGCGCCAAUAUUAAAAAAUUCAUUGAGGAGAUUGAAUUGAUCGCUAGCACUCCAACAGAAAACUACAUGUUCAAUGUGUCGUCAGAGCAAGCGCUAAUCAAUAUCGCAGGAACUCUGGGAGACAGAAUCUUUAACAUUGAAGGCACAAGUCAAGGUCAGGAAUUUCAGCUGGAGAUGUCCCAAGUAGGAUUCAGCGCACACCAGACCAAAAAGAAGGAUGUGAUCAUGCUGGGUGCUGUCGGAGCAUAUGGUUGGACUGGGACCGUCGUUCAUCAAACAGCUGGGAAAUCACACUUUUUCCUCAAAGAUUCUUUCGAAAAAAUCCUGAAUGACAGAAACCACAGCUCAUUACUAGGAUACUCUGUGACAUCUGUGAUCGACGGCUCGUCUGAGUUUUAUGUGGCCGGUGCUCCUCGUGCCGUUCACAGAGGACAGGUUGUAGUUUACAGCAUCAACAGCCAGAAUCAGCCCGUCAUCAUAGAUUCACAGAAAGGAGAUCAGAUCGGCUCUUAUUUUGGCAGCGUUCUCUGUCCUGUUGACGUGGACACUGAUGGUGUGACUGAUCUGCUGCUGGUCGGAGCUCCAAUGUACAUGAGCGAGGAGAAAUCUGAAACAGGAAGAGUCUACCUCUUCACCAUUACCAAGGGCAUCUUAAGCAAACAGGGCAUCUUAGAAGGACCCUCCGCGUCGGAGAAUGCUCGGUUUGGGACGGCCAUCAUUGCUGUCCCCGAUCUUAACCUGGACGGCUUCAGUGAUGUAGUUGUUGGUGCUCCGCUGGAAGGCAAUGGCCAAGGUGCCAUUUACAUCUACUAUGGAGAAGGAAAAACCAUGAGAAAGCAGAGCUCACAGAAAAUUCUUGGAUCCAAACUGGACCCAGCGCUUCAGUUCUUUGGACGCUCUUUAGAUAGUCGUGGAGAUAUGAACAGUGACUCAAUCCCUGAUAUUUCAGUCGGAGGAGCUGGGAAGGCAGUGCAGCUCUGGUCAAGGGAAGUGGCAGUUGUCGCAACCACAGUCUCCUUCAGCCCUGAGAAGAUCAGCAUUCUGAGUAAACCUUGCACAUUUGGAGGAAGGAUGGUGUCGUGUUUUACUGCCAAAGUCUGUUUCAAGUCGAAAAUCAGACCUACAGUAUUAGCGGGUAAAGUAGAUAUCAAGUACAACUUGACGCUUGACGCUGACCUGCAGUCAUCUAGAGCCACUUCAAGAGCCCAGUUUGAUAACUCAGAGCGUCUCAUCCAGAAAUCUGUCAGCGUCUCUGACAAAGAAACCUGUGUAGAUCAUAAAGUCUAUGUGCAGGAAACUCCUGAUUUUGUUAGUCCAGUUGCUUUGCGAGUUGACGUCAGUCCACAGAAUCCAGACACGGGCCCUGCCCUGGAUGCAUUUCAGCCCAAAGCAUGGGAGUAUUUUAUCCCUUUUGUAAAGGACUGUGGCUCUGAUGACAAAUGCACUUGUGACCUGAAGCUGACUGUGAAAGCUGUUAAUGCAUCUAGCUCCUCUGCACUGCUAGUCAGCCCUGAGAGAAGAAGACUCUCCUUCAUCGUGACAGUAACGAACAUGAAGGAAAAUGCCUACAACACAAGAGUGUCUGCUAACUUCUCCAGUAACCUGUUCUACGCCUCUUUUACUCCACCGAAAGACAACACUGAGGUGAAAUGCAGUUCAAAAACAAGCUCAGUCGACUGCCAAGUUGCAUACCCGAACCUGACGCCUGGUCAGACGGUCACAUUUGAGAUCAACUUUGACUUCAACUUGAAUCAACUAGAGAAACAGGCUGUUGUAGUCUUUGAAGUGCAAAGUGACAGUGAGGAGGAAGCGAUUUCUGAUAACAAGGUCUCUCUCUUCAUCCCAGUCCAGUACGACGCUGAAAUCAUCCUUACCAGAGACUUAAACUUGGAUUUCUGCAGCAUUGAUCCUAAGGAUCAAGUCAAACAUACAGUCUCAGGUUUUAAUGACAUUGGCCCAGAGUUCAACAUAGCAUUGCGAGUUUCAACUGGAACUUUCCCAAUCAAUCAGGCUCAUCUGACCGUCUCUCUGCCCACCAGCACCAAAGCUGGAAAUCCUUUACUAUAUGUGACUUCAAUCAAAACGGCACCUGUUGUAAAUGUGCGGUGUGACAGCAGCCAUCUGAUUGACCCACUGAAGAUCAGUGAGAAAAAUCACAUUGCCAGCAUUACUAAAGAGAGCUUUAGAGGGACAAAAGAACUGAACUGUAAUGCAGCAAAAUGUGAAACCAUGAAAUGUGUCCUCAAAGAUCUGGAGAUGAAGAGCAACUACUUUGUUAACAUCACCACAAGGAUGUGGAAUGGCACAUUUGCCUUUGCUGAUUUUCAGACAGUCUUAGUGGCCGGAAGCUCUGAGAUACAAACAUCUCAGCCUGAUCUCAUAGUCGUCACACACAAACAACAACAGAUAAAAAUUACAGUGAGUAAAGGAGGAGCACUUGGAGAUGUUCCUAUCGGUAUUAUCAUAGGAAGUGUCAUCGGCGGCCUCCUCCUUUGGGCUAUAGCUACAGUGAUCCUAUGGAAGGUUGGCUUUUUCAAGAGAAAGCAGUUGCCACAAGGAAAUCAACCAGAUCCGACAGAACAGGAGGGUCUGUGUGAGAAUCCAGCAUGAAAGGGACACAUUCACCUCUGUGACAUCAUGUGAAUGAUGUUAUCUCUAAAUGUACAGAUUUAUAACUGAUAUUCAGUUAGCAACCAUUUAGGUCCUGCAGGAGAUCUUGGUGGUGAUAAUAUUACUGUAUUUCAAAGCAUCCCACAACUAUUGACUCUCAUGGACUUACUCUGUGCUCAGUCGUACUUAGUCCUCAAAAGAAUGAACGAAUGAGUUGGUACAUGCACAAGAGCCGAGAUGCGUCUCCUUAAAACACAGAGGGGGUGGGGUAAAAGUCUGGAGUUUAUGCCUCUUUCCGUUCCUGUUUCCUUCUCUCGUUCUGACUUGCUUCAGUUUGUUCCUGGUUCUGUUUAAGUGUAACAAACAGUUCUAUAAAUAAGUUUGUCUUUUGCAAUCAUUAAUGUUCUGCUGAUUUAGAUUCUGAUUGCUACAAGUAAAGUGUUUCUGAGAUGUUUACCUCACUCAUACACAAACCCUCCAGUAUGAUGACACUCACACUGUAGUUAUAACUAUGUGAAAUACUAAUGAUGAAUGACUCUUACUGUUGUGAUUGUCCAAGCCCUGAGGGCAGAUAAAUUAUGUUCUUUAAACCUUGUGUUUGUUGGCCAGCUAUCUUAGUUGUCCUCUUCUUUGCGGCUGUUCUGGAAUACUAAGCAUAUCUUGAAGAGAGAAAUGGUUAUAAGGAUCAUGUUUACCAAAGCACUUAUAGUUCAGUAAACAGUGACGCUAAACAUCUUAGACACUUAAGAAUGUCAUUACAUUUGACUUACAAACAACUUUUAAAACAAUGUUUGUUUUUUACAUUUUCAGAGUUCUCAGAAUCAAAAGUUGUCAUAGUUGGGAUUAUUAUUUUUUUUAUUAUUUUAUUACAGUAUUUAUUACUAUUUAUUAUUAUUAGCCUAUUAUUUGGAGAUACUGAACAAUAAAUAAUUAUGCAUACAAAAUAGAUAGAUAGAUAGAUAGACAGAUAGAUAGAUAUAUAGAUAGGAGUACAGUCGGGUAAAAAAAUAAAAGAAAUACAAACUUUCUACUGAAUGGGGGGGAGGGGGUUGAUGACCAUAUCCCAUAUUAGAACUCAAAAUAUGUCAUUUCCAUACCUAAACUACAUGUUUUACAGUCACCGUUGUGCAGACUGACCUUAAACACAGCUAAAACUUUAAACCACAGUGGCCAUCCUUCACAAAACUAUAUCUACCGCAGUUUUAUCAUGAGUAGAAUGCAAAAUGUUUCAAUACAUGCAUUUCAGUCAAAUGCAAUAUUUCAAACCAAAAAAUAAAAAAAUACAUAAAUCAACCUGCCGCAAAAGUUUAACACAAGCGCAAUUCCAUGAAAAAUGGAUUUGACAACCCUACAUCCAACAUUGAAGCAAUUUAACCGAUUUAAAUACACUGCUUAUUAAUAGCAACUCUCUGAUGCGCGAAAAUUCUACGCAAUAUUACAAUGUUUGUGGGAACUGGAUUAAGAAAACUCUACGACGCAAUGCUUUAAUUUAAAAACGCACACAAUUAAUGGCGACUGCAGAAAGCAAAAGCGAAUCCUGGACAAUUUGGGCGAUUUAGAAACGCUGGCCAGACACCUUUUUUUUUAGAGGUGAACGAAAUCUCUAACCAGCCUUACCAGUGGUUUUUCCGCGGAAUUGGGCUACUUGUUGCCGCGGGUUGAAGCGACCCCAAAAAAGUGGUAUUUAUCCCCUGGAAUGCGAAUUUUACCCUGGUGAAAAAACAGCAUAUGCUGGUAGGUAUGUUUUGAUGCUGGGAUGCUGGUUAGGUAUGUUUUGAUGCUGGUUUAAGCUGGUCCUUUGCUGGUCUAUGCUGGUCCUUAG